AGCUAUACGUGUUGCCCUUUAUAAAUUGUCCAACAUGAAGCUCAAGCUACACGUGUUAUUUUGUGGAGUAGCGUAGUACAGUAUUGUAGCAAAACGUGUCAAUCACUUACGAACUUGAAAAGAUACUGUUGGAUUGGAUGCAUAUGCAUGCUCGCCGUUGUUGCUGCACUUGCAACCAUUUCUUGAACAUUUUCUAGUUUCUAGAAUUCUAGUUUUGAACUGUGGAUUACAGCGUUUCUCUUGUCGAUUACAUUAGUGACCAGAAAAUCAAAGCAAGAAGAAGAAUUUGCAUUGUACGGGAAGAUGCUUGAAGAAUGGCACCCUACAGUAUCUCAAACUAUGAAGGAAUAUAUAAGAAUGUUCGCCUGCCUGCUCUCAUAAUUGCAGGGUGUUGUGUGCUUGUAGCUCUAGUGCUUUCCAUUCUUCUCAUUUGGCAACACCUCCGAUCAUAUACGAAUCCCGGAGAACAGAAGUGGAUUGUUGCUGUUAUUUCUAUGGUUCCAAUUUAUGCUACAGAGUCUAUUAUAUCUUUGUGGAAUCCACGUUUAUCACUCGCAUGCGACAUUUUAAGAAACUACUAUGAAGCCUUUGCACUGUAUUCUUUUGGCAGAUAUCUGAUUGCUUGUCUUGGUGGAGAAGGAAGAGUUGUACAACUACUUGAACAUGAAUCUGAAGAACAACUUAGAAAAUCCUUGUUGGAUGAUUCAGAUGCCACUCACCACAUACAGCAAAGAUCAUGUUGUAACUUCUUUAGGCGUCCAAGCACACUUGGAAAAGAUCUUCUCACCAUAGAAAAAUUUGGGCUUGUACAAUAUAUGAUCCUGAAGACAGUUUGUGCAUUCUUAGCAUUGGUAUUGGAGCUGUGUGGUGUCUAUGGUGAUGGAGAAUUCAAGUGGUACUAUGGGUAUCCAUAUAUAGCAGUAAUAUUGAACUUCAGCCAGAUGUGGGCAUUAUUCUGCCUUGUGCAGUUCUAUAAUGUUACUCAUGAGAGGCUUGAACCAAUCAAGCCACUAGCAAAAUUCAUAAGCUUUAAGGCUAUAGUGUUUGCUACUUGGUGGCAAGGCGUAGGUAUCGCACUACUGUGCACAUUUGGAGUUCUACCCAAAGAGGGAAAAUUACAAACUGCAUUGCAGGAUUUUUUAAUUUGCAUAGAGAUGGCAAUUGCAGCGAUUGCUCAUGUUUGUGUAUUUUCAGCAAAACCAUAUCAUUAUGUUCCUGUUUUUGAACGUGGGGAAUUCAGAAAGGAAACAGUAGAAGCAACUUUGAAGAUAGAGGAAGGGGGCAAGGAGAAAGAAGCUUUGGUCAAAGAGACAACCACUCAAGUUGAGGCUCCAAGAACAAGCCUCAAAGAGAGUGUGCAGGAUAUUGUUGUUGAAGGUGGUCAAAGACAGGUUGUGAAGGAUGUUGUAUUGACAAUUAAUCAAGCCAUAGGACCUGUGGAAAAGGGAGUGACCAAAAUUCAGGAAACAUUCCACCACAAAACAGUGGUUUCAUCAGAUGAGGAGGAAGAAGAAUCAGAUAUACAUAAGGAAGUAGUAGAAGAAACUCUUACAGGGGAAGAAGGGGGUGAAAUUGCAAGAAUGUAAUUAUGAGGAUUAUAAUUAAGAGUAGAGUUGAAGAUGGCUCCUUUUUGCAAUAUAAAGAUUUCAUGUUUCAUAAGCAGGUGCUUCAAUUUUUUCAAAGAAUAGACUGGAUGAAUACAACAGUAAACUCUUGAAGGUUAUUAUCACUUAUUUUUUUAUAAUAUCAAGAUUUUUUUUUUAUUUCAUUGUAUGGAUAUGUAGAGAAUACAAGUGGGAUUGUCAAAUGACAAUAUCCAUUCACUAAAAUCUCUCUAUACAUUGUAUUU